UCAUUUGCAGUGCAGAAAGAGACUAAGAAUAUAUUUAAGUCUAUGUGUAUGUAACUGGAUAGCUUGUAUAGUUUGGUAUUUUUGCGUCUAGCUCACCUGAGAAGAACUUUGAGGUGAAGAAACUGAUGUGCUUGGAAGAAUGAGUUCACUUCUAGGGAUUCUGGUGCUUUUCCAAGUCUUGACCUAUGUGACAAUGACGGACAAAACAAAAGAUAUUUACAUUGGAGCAGAAGGAAGCACUGUGGAAAUUUACUGUUAUUAUCCUGAAGGAUACCAAGAUUACAUCAAGUACUUUUGCCGCGACCCUUGUACUUACAAUGAUGUUUUAACUCAAUCUGAUAGCUCUGAUACUGUCAUCUCAGGAGGAAGAUUCACUGUACAGGACAAAGUUUCCGAACUGAGCUUUGUAAUCAUCAUCAGAAACCUCCAAAGAGAAGACUCUGGAGUUUAUUACUGUGGAGUAGAAAAAAGAGGUUAUGACAUAAUGAGUAAGGUAAAGGUGUUCGUCAGUGGAGAUGAAUCUUUGCCCUAUGUGGCAAUGGACGACAAAUCAGAGUAUGCUUACAUUGGAGCAGAAGGAAGCACUGUGGAAAUUUACUGUUAUUAUCCUGAAGGAUACCAAGAUUACAUCAAGUACUUUUGCCGCGACCCUUGUACAUAUGAUGAUAUUUUAAUUAAAUCUGAGAUCUCUGAGACUGUCAUCUCAGAAGGAAGAUACACGUUACUGGACAAAGUAUCCGAACUGAACUUUGUUGUCAGCAUGACAAACCUCAUGGUAGAAGACUCUGGAGUUUACCAAUGUGGAGUGGAAAGAUCGGGUUAUGACAUACUGAAUAAAGUAGAGCUGGCCAUUAGCAGAGCACCACUCUUCUCCAUCUGCACAUCUACUCCAGCAUCCACCACACAGAGCAGCUCUAAACAGACGCACAGCACAUCAGGGACCAUAGCAACAAGUACAGUUACAGAAACAUCAUCUGUAUUCUGUCUUCGAGUGUGACCUGCCAAUAUUAUCCAUAGCAGCUUCUACUAGAUCAGAAGCUGAGCUGGUGAUGUCUGGGGUGCUGGUGGUGCUGUGCUCCAUGCUGACUGUCCUGCUCUUUCUGUAGCAAGAUCUCUCAAUAAGGAGAUGCCUGCACCAGAACAACGUGAAUACACAUUUAAACCACUUAAAACAGUGUAGCAUAGCACCUUCAAUUCUAUUAUGUGAAAUCCUUCAAGACCUCAGCAGUGAGAUUCAAACAGUCAUCAAAGUAGAGGUUACUUACUUUGAGGUUUGAGGUUACUUACUUUUACUUACUAUAAAUGAAAACAGCACUUUUUUGUAAUGUAUAAAUGCUGCAUAUUAUAUUUUCAAUAAUGCUUUGUUUGGAAAUACAUUUUGCUGCCAUUAGCUGGGAUGUCUGAUUUUCAGCGGCUCUGUACCACUUAAUGUCCAUAAAAUAUUACAAAGAAACAAAAGUGUUUAUACACAAUGUAUUUUAGAAGUGUACACACUCCCCAUCCAUAAGCAAUUAAACAAACAAACAAGUAGAUAAAUAAAUGAAACAAGGUGUUUUAGCUCAGUAGUGAAGCAAAAUCAUAUUUCUGGCAAAAUAACAACUAAAUGUUAAAUAU